AUGCUCAGUGUGCUGAUCGUGAGAUGUGCUGGAUUUUUGCGAAGUUAUAAGCGAGUCGGUGCAAGCACCAUUUACACUGAUCUUCUGCUCGAGCUGAAUGACCAUCAGUGCGAUCGCGUUCAUUUCACUCAUAUGUCUCCGAUCAAACAUGAGAGCAGUUUUGCGCUUCAGGCUUUGUGUAUCAUUCGACAAAUAAUGUACAAAAAUCGAUUGGCCAGUCUUCAUGCUUUUCACCGAAUGGACUAACCGAUAAGAACACUGUUGUGAAUUCACAACGGAUCUGAACUCAAGAUACUUCGUGAUACUUCGUCCACCUGAGAUUCGACUGCUAUCACACUUACUGCCUCACAAUGAAACCUGUGGCUUCUCGACGUUUUAUUGUAUGUUGUAAGUUCUUGCUCAUCUGAAUGUUUUUGAUUUCGUACUUUUAUGUUCUUUCACUCAUUUUUCUCAAAUUUCAACCUUUCUUGGCCUCCUUCAAAAAUUCUCAGCGACUUUAUAGUGAAUUGAACUUAGUGCUUAGUCGGAACGAUUUGAUAUGUCAUCCCACUGUUUAUGGGAAGUCCUUUCUUUCGUUAGGUCUUUCGUAAGCAUACUGUUUAAGUGGAUGCUUCCAUGAUUCUCAAUUAUUCUCAUCAUUUCCAAUGCAUUCUUCAGCCCACGCACUAUCAUUGGUUUUUGGUUAGUGAAAGUCUUUUUGAGAAAUAAAACAUGAU